GUUCUAGUGAUAUAAUUAGUGUCCAGCCCACCGAUUCACAGACUCCUCAGUGAGUGAUCAAGCUAAAGGCGGCAUUCAGCCUCAAACCCAGAUGCUCUUCCAGAGACAUGCUCACUCUCAAUUUCGUCGUUAAUACAGCGGUACAAGAAACAAACACUGAAACCACGUCGGCAACCCCAUCUGCUCCAUCCACUAUAUUUAGCUCUCCUACCGCAAGAAGUAUCGUCCCGAUACCAAGCGACACUCCAGAACCGUCAUCCUCACCAUUAGCGAGCACAUCCAAUCGCACUGCCAUCAUUGCCGGAAGCGUAUGUGGCUCUCUGGGGCUAGUCGCGAUCAUGACGGGCAUAAGCAUUUGUUUAUAUCGAAGGAGAGACGCCGCCUCGAAUGAGGCAUUCCCAGAUCAGCAACCGUAUUAUACUACCACUGCGCAGCCAUAUACCAUCACAACGACACCGACAUCGACAAUGAUGCCAUCCAAAAUAUCCGCAUCAGAGGUCCCUCGUGACGCAGCGCUGACGGUACGCCAAGCGAUGUUACGCGACCGAGCGGAGGGAUUACAGGCGCAGGUGGCGAUUUUGCGGCAGAACAAGACUGAGGGUCGGCUGAUGGAGGAGAACGAGCGGCAAAGGCAGCAGAUUGCGAGUCUGGAGAGACAGAUGACGUAUUUGAUGGAGCAGCAGAGGUCGGCGUGGGCUCUGGGGUAUACUAAUGAGCCUCCGCCGUCGUAUAUGUCAGGUUCAAGUAAUGGGAUUUCGUGAGGGAUGAUGGGAAUUGGAUUUCGAUGGGAUGGGAGGUUUCAUUAAUUCGAGCGGUACUGCGUAGUGUCUCCAUGCUCACUGGAACAAUGUAGUUAUAUCAAUGAGAAACAGUGUUUUCAUCGCCGACGAAUAUGGGA